AUGAAGGUGUCGUCGAUGAAGAAGCAGGCGCCGCCGCAGCAGCAGUCACAGCGGCGGGAGGAAGCGGAGGAGCAAGGGUCGCCGGCGGCAGCCGAGGCCAUGGACGUCGCCGCCGCGGCCGCCCAGGAGGAGGAGGAGGCAGCCGGCUGCUCGGGGAAGGCGCCGGAGGCGGAAGCAGAGGGGAGGACGGUGGUGGUCGGCGUGCGGGAGCCGGCCGACGCCGAGAGCCGCGCGCUGCUCACCUGGGUGCUCGUCAAUGUGGCCGCGCCAUUGGACCGCGUCAUCGCCGUCCACGUCGUGCCGGCGUCCGCCGCGGAGGCGGCGGCAGCUGUCGACCUCGAGGCCAUGCUCGGCGUCUACGAGGGCUUCUGCAACCUCAAGCAGAUCAAUCUAAAGCUCAAGAUUUGCAAGGACUCGUCGGUGUGCAAGGCGCUAGUUCGUGAGGCCAACCUGUUUGGGGCCGCCAAGGUUGUCCUCGGCGUCGCCAAGAAGAGGCGUGCGAUUUCGUCCUCGCAUAAAGUUGCAAAGUACUGCGCAAAGAAGCUGCCCGCAAAGUGUGCGGUCCUCGCCGUGAGGAAUGGCAAGAUCGAGUUCCGGAGAGAGUCGAGUGUCCAUUCAGGCAAGGUCUCAGCAGAGGUUCUUCCGUGCGGUGAUGAUGAGAUGUAUUGUGUAGUGCCGUUCCAAGCCCGUCAGGCUAAAGGGGGCACACUAUCUUUACAAGAACUUAAAGAUGGUGGUGAGGGUGACACCACGCGUGAUGUUGGUACCAAGGGAAGUGAAUUGGAGGACACCAUCAAAGACGAACAGCUGGUCUCAAGCGUGGUCCCUGCGGAUUUGUCAACGGGUCAGGUUGAGAUCGAUGCAGAUCCUUCUAGUAGCAAGGCUGAAGAGCCAAUUGUUGAACAGAGAGAUGAGAUUGCCGAGCUUCCAGGUAAGGGUGCCAGUGUGUUGUACUGUGUGCUUCCUGGGAGAAGUAGCGAUUCUGUUGCAAGUACAUCUAGUAAGCAAGACCAUGAUUCAGUGGAUCUUCCAUUUGAAGGGGCCGGGGAGCUAUAUUGCUUAUUGCCCCCCAGGAAUGGCCAUUCAGUCAGGAGUACUGGUGAUUCUAAGCGUUCAAAUGCGAGUCAUAAAGAUGAUACACCAGCCAAUCCAUCACUGGAAGGAGAUGGUGAUCUGUACUGCCGGCUGCCGAGGAGUGGACGACCCGGUAGGAGUUCUGGGGGAUCCAAACGUUCUGUUGGUAUUAGAGGUAUGAUUAGGCGUAGCAGUAGUUUCUCCAGUGAUAUCAAUCUGAACUCAGAGACAUCACCUAUUAAGAAGGAUGGCUCAGUUAGCAUGACUACCACUGAACGGAGUUCUUCUGCUGUAUCCACGGAAGCUGAGGACUCACCGAAAGACACUGCACGAAAUGCUGAAACACCCUCGAGUUCUCCGAUGUCACUGAGACGGAUGAUAGAAAGAAGACCUGACCGCUGUCACCUCCAUAGAAGGAUCUUUAGACAUCAUAGGAGUUCAUCUUUGGAAUGGGCAAAAAACUCAAUGGUUCAAUGGGCAAUGAGACUUCCGAGCCGAUAUAGUUCAGUCCACCCAGAUGGCAAAUCAUUGAAAUCGGAUGCAAGUCCAAGGUUGAACUGUGAUUCUGAAACUGAAUCAACUACAGCUGUUGAGUCAGUAUCAAUGUUUUCUUUUGCUUUCUAUGAUGUAGUAUGGCCUCCCAGUGAAUUGGAAUCACUUCGAGAGAAGUGUUCUUCAGUUUGUAGGUUGUUUAGUUAUGAAGAACUGAAACUUGCAACGGCCAACUACUCACCUGAUAUGUUAGUUGGGAAGGGUGGAACCAGCCAAGUUUUCAAGGCACAACUCGAUGACAGAACAUUUUCUGCCAUAAAGAUUCUGAAACCCUCGGUUGAUGCUAUACAUGAGUUUGUUACGGAGAUUGAGAUUGUAACCAGCUUGCAACAUGAGAACAUUGUUGCACUAAGGGGAUUCAGCUUCGAGAACUACAAUCUUGUGCUGGCAUAUGAGUACAUGCCCCAAGGGAGCUUGGACAAAGCUCUUCAUGGAAAGAAUGAUGACACAGACUUUCUUAUCUGGGAGAGGAGAAUUAAGAUAGCAAUCGACAUUGCAAGAGCACUUGAAUUUCUCCAUCUUGGCGGUGUGAUCCAAUCUGUGAUCCAUGGAGAUGUUAAGUCUUCAAAUAUCCUCCUUUCAGAGGAUUUUGGGGCACGGCUCUGCGAUUUUGGGUUAGCAAAGCGAGUGUCGGCUUCGACUCCCCACCUAACAUGUACUGACAUCACCGGAACUUUCGGGUAUAUGGCACCCGAAUAUUUUUCAUAUGGAAAGGUCAAUGAGAAGAUUGAUAUCUAUGCAUUUGGGGUUGUUCUACUGGAGAUUAUUUCAGGAAGGAGACCCAUUACACCUGGAAGUGCAAAGGGUCAAGAAAGCCUGGUCGGUUGGGCGAAGCCUUUACUGUCCAGUGGAGAAAUUAAACAACUGGUUGAUCCAUUUUUGGGGAACGAUUAUGACUGCGAUGAAAUGGAGAGGAUGACGCUCGCUGCUUCGCUUUGCACAAGGACAUCUUCUCAUUCUCGACCUGAAAUGUCGCUGGUCCUGAAACUCCUCCAAGGGGACGAGGAGACGAUCGGCUGGGCGAGGGCACAGCUCACCGCCAGCUUCGACGGCUCAGACGAGGAAGCCACGGCAGCGGCCCCUGACCUGAACAUGCAGUCUUAUCUGAACCUCGCGCUUCUUGGAGUGGAGGAGGAUGACACGCUGUCGCACUGCAGCAGCACGGAGCGCACCGUGGACACCUCGGCCGACGGCUACUACUGGAGCCGGUCCUCCAGUUUCGACUAG